UGGAGCGACAGGAGUCUAAGUUGGAUGACGGCAGGAUGCACAGGCAGUAGGCUGCCAACAUGGCCCUUCACAAGGGACAUCGUCCUCCGUCUCCUUGGCCCCCCAUAUUCUUCCUCCUCCUCUUCCUCCUCCUCUUCAUCCCGUCCCCGCGGCUGCUGCAGGCCCGGCCGCUGCUCGUCCACUCGUCCAUCAACGUGGCGGUGGUGUUCAGCGGCUCCAGCUACCAGAGCGAAGUGAGAGGUCGCCUCAGCGGGGAGAACUUCGUGGACCUGCCGGUGGUGGUCAGCCCCGUCACCGUGCUGGUCAACGACACCAACCCCCGGGACCUGCUGACGCGUCUCUGCGACACCAUGGCCAACGAGAAGCUUCACGGCGUGGUGUUUGAGGAUGACGUGGGCUCAGGCACGGACGCUCAGGUGGCAGAAGUGGCACAAAUCCUGGACUUCCUCUCCACCCAGACAGCCUUGCCGAUCGUUGGCAUCAGUGGUGGCUCUGCAGUCGUCAUACCAUACAAGGCUGAGGGAUCCUCCUUUUUGCAGAUGGGGGCUUCUUUAGAGCAGCAAGUCAUCUCCAUGUUCAAGAUCUUGGAGGAAUAUGACUGGGGCGAGUUUGCAGUGAUUACGAGCUUCCUACCCGGCUACGACACAUUUGUGGAAAUAGUUCAGUCCUACACAGACACGUCCUACUUCAUGUGGAAACUGCAGGACGUUAUGUCUCUGGAAAUGUCUGUGGGGUCUAAUGAUGUGAAGACCAAGCGCGUGCUGCAGCAGGUGGACGCCCAGGUCCUGCUGGCGUACUGCUCCCACGAGGAGGCGCAGUACUUGUUCCGUCAAGCAGCUGAUGUGGGUCUGAUGGGGCCCGGCACCGUCUGGAUCCUCCCCAGUCUGGCCGUGGGCAACCCCAACAGCCCCCCCCCUACCAGCUUCCCUGUGGGUGUGAUCGGCGUCAUUACAGACCAGUGGAGGAAGAGCUUGCGGCAGAGGGUUAGGGAGGGCGUCGCCAUUGUAGCCAAGGGCGCAGAGAGUUUCAAGAGGGAUUAUGGGUUCAUUCCUGAAGGAUAUGGUGAUUGCAAGAAGCCAGCUAAACAGUCAGUGAACAAUACUCUGUUCAGGCACAUGCUGAAUGUUACGUGGGAAAGGAAAGAUCUGUCGUUCAACAAUCAGGGAUUCCUCUCCAACCCCUCCAUGGUCAUCAUUGCUCUGGACCGGGAGAGACUGUGGGACAAGGUGGGCACGUUCGCUCGCGGCAUCCUUCAAGUCCGCUACCCCAUCUGGCCGCGGUACGGCCCGUACCUGGAGCACGUCUCCGACGACCGCCACCUGACCGUGGCCACGCUGGAGGAGCACCCGUUCGUCAUGGUGGAGAACGUGGACCCCGGGACCGGCACGUGCGUCCGCAACACCGUGCCCUGCAGGCGGCAGUCCAACCAGACAGACAGUGUCAUUAAUAGCUCCGAGUCCUACAUCAAACUGUGCUGCAAAGGUUUCUGCAUAGACAUCCUCAAGAAGCUGUCCAAAAACAUCAAGUUCUCCUUCGACCUCUACCUCGUCACCAACGGAAAACACGGCAAGCUGGUCCACGGGACUUGGAACGGGAUGAUCGGGGAGGUUGUGUACAGACGAGCUGACAUGGCCAUCGGCUCCCUCACUAUCAAUGAGGAGCGCUCUGAAAUAAUUGACUUCUCUGUGCCAUUUGUUGAGACGGGCAUCAGUGUCAUGGUAGCACGCAGCAAUGGAACGGUGUCCCCGUCUGCCUUCCUCGAACCGUACAGCCCAGCAGUUUGGGUUAUGAUGUUCGUGAUGUGCCUGACCGUGGUGGCUGUGACAGUGUUCGUCUUUGAGUACUUUAGUCCAGUGGGCUACAACCGCAAUCUGCUGAGUGCCAAAGCUCCUGGCGGGCCCACGUUCACCAUCGGGAAGUCGGUGUGGCUGCUGUGGGGCAUCGUCUUCAACAACUCCGUCCCCAUCGAGAACCCCAAAGGGACCACCAGUAAGAUCAUGGUCCUGGUCUGGGCCUUCUUUGCCGUCAUCUUCCUGGCGUCCUACACCGCCAACCUGGCCGCCUUCAUGAUCCAGGAGCAGUACAUCGACACGGUGUCGGGCCUCUCCGACAAGAAGUUCCAGAAACCUCAGGAGCAUUACCCUCCUUUCCGCUUUGGGACCGUCCCCAAUGGGAGCACGGAGAGGAACAUCCGCAGCAACUACCCCGACAUGCACACACACAUGGUGAAGUACAACCAGAAGGGGGAACGGGACAUGUGCUGCGGGGGGGUGCCCGGGGUCCGAGGCGCUGGCUGCGGGGGGGAGCCCGGGGUCCGAGGGCGCCGGCUGCGGGGGGGAGACACUGAGCGACUGGAGACAGUCUGGUUGUCUGGCAUCUGCCAGAACGAGAAGAACGAAGUGAUGAGCAGCAAGUUGGACAUCGACAACAUGGCGGGCGUCUUCUACAUGCUGCUGGUGGCCAUGGGUCUCAGCCUGCUGGUCUUCGCCUGGGAGCACCUGCUGUACUGGAAACUGAGACACUCCCUCCACAAGUCGGACAAAGUUGACUUCCUGUUGGCCAUCAGUAGGGGCAUUUACAGUUGUUUCAAAGGAGUAGAGGAGCCUGGGCGUAUGUCUGGUCUGGCCAAACCUGACCUGACCGCCAACUACGCUCAAGCAAAUAUGCUUAAGAUGCUCCGCACGGCCAAGGACCUCGUCUCCACCGCCAACGUGGAGAGCUCCCUGGACAACGCCACCAAGACCAUCGAGCAGCUGAGUCGUCACGGUGGGACCUUGCCUGUUCGUAUCCCCCAAGUGGCCACGGAGGCCGUGCCAGGAGGCUUCGCCUACAUCACAGAGAAUCACUGCGCUCUCCCACAGCGCUCAUUCACCCCACCUCUACCUGGGGUUGCGUCCCUUAAACACCAGAGGGGCGUAACCAGGCCGACGCCGCUGCGCUACACACUUCCAACCCGCUCGUCAUCGUGUCUGUAUGACAGACCUCUUCCUGUGUCCAGCCUGAGCAGUCCCCACCUGGCCGUGGGAGAGCCGCUCCUCCAUCAGCAUUCGCUCCCCUACCAGACUGCUGGAAGACGGAAAAGGAGGUCUAAGAGCUUUCAGUGUGAUGACAUGGAUAUAGAGAGGAGAAAAUACGGGGAGCAGAUAAAGAGAGACAAAAGUCCUAUCAGUCUGACUGAGCUCAAAGUCAACCACCUGCAAGACAGCGAUAUCUCCGCUCCGAGUGUUGACAACAUUUGCUCAGCGGAGAGGAUGUGUCCUCGGUUGGAUAACUACAGUUCUUGGCCCCCGGAGGACCUGGUCCUGAGAGGGAGGCGCCGGCACCGCCGUCCCUCUUUUCUCAAAGCAACUUGGGGUAGUGAGCAAAUUCAUCCGCUGGAGGAAUCCCAGUCCUCUCUGUCCAGCCAGUCGCCUUCCACUCUGCCGGACUUGUUUCCAUGCGUCGUCACUCCAACCGCGUCUGCCAAGGCUUACAACCCCGCCCAUCUUCGAACCAACCUGUGCCUCCCCAGGAACCAGGCUUACCUCCACAUCCGGGAGGACCAGAGGAAGCCCGUGGGGCGUAAGGGCCAGAGGCUGCGCUACUCCCAGUCCACCCACCUCCCCACCUACGGAGAAGCGGUGCGACACGGCACCGGGUUUGGGCGGGGGAUGGUGCGCAGAGCCACCAGUUUACUCAGCCGGCAGUACGCACACUAUCUGAACUCGUACCCUGGACUCCCCCUCUACCACGGCCCCCUGGACCUGCAGCAGCACGGCCCGGCCUCCAGCCCGGUGUGCACGCUGCUGGCCUGCAGCGGGGGGCCGUGUGGAGGCCAGCGGGCCGUCCUGUACCAGGACAGUGUGUACGGGGCUUACGGAGUCUACCCGGGCUCCCAGACUGGAUCGGAGGCUCAGGCAGGACAAGGAGCGGGGGGGCCGCCCGUGGGGAGCCCCUGUGUGCUCCGGCCCUGGCGACGGGUGUCCAGUCUGGAAUCUGAAGUCUAAUUGGAAACCCCUAAUGAUCUCACACAAUUGAACCUGCGGAGAAACAGAAGAGAAAACUCAAA